UUACAAACUCUCAAUGUAAUUUUAAAUAUACGUAUUAUAUAUUUUCCAAAAAUGAAUAUACCCAUUAUAACACUAAUUCUGUGCGUUAUUGGAGCAGAUUCAUACGAAAAUAACACUCUAUUAGCCGUAGCUGUGAUUUACAGGCAUGGCGAUCGAUCGCCUUCCAAAUCCUUCCCGAACGAUGUCUAUUUCAACGAAACUUACUGGCCAAUGGGAUUCGGACAAUUAACCAAAGAAGGUAUCGCAAGACAGUACGAACUGGGAAAAUGGUUCCGGCGACGCUACAACGAUUUCCUGAGCGACAAUUACUCGCCGAACGAGAUUUACAUUCACUCCACGAAUUCGGAUAGAACUCUAAUGUCUGCCUACGCCAAUUUGGCGGGUCUGUAUCCACCAGCGGGGUACCAAGUAUGGAGCGAUCGGAUUAACUGGCAACCGAUUCCCGUGCAUACCGAGGACAGGUCCAAGGACGACGUGAUUACCGAUAAAAGACGGUGCAGAGCUUUCGCGAAAGCUUACGGUCAAGCGAAAAAGAGCGCGAAUAAGUUUUUUAGAGAGAGAUACCGCAAAUUGUACGGGUUUAUAAAGGAUAAAACGGGAUGGAAGGACGUGACGUUGAGCGAUGUUCGGAUGUUACACAAGAAUAUUAAGAUUUACAGGCAGUACAAUCGGAGCUUCGUACCCGAUUGGAUAGACCACAUCGAUGCCAAGUCACUAGAUUUCCUAGCAGGCUUGAAGUCUUACAUUCCCGUAUUGAAAACUCACCAAGCGCGUUUGCACAUCGGGCCCUUCUUCCACCGGCUCUUCCAGCACUUCGAUAAUUUCGUCGGAUUGACGAGCGAAACGCCCAAGUUUCUCAUGUUCUCCGCUCACGAUUCGACUUUGUGCGCCAUCUUGGGCGCCAUGAGGAUGUUCAAUUUCCGGCCCAUCGGUUUCGGAGACGCUAUAAUGUGGGAAUUGAGGCGAAUUAACGGAGUGUUCGUGAUGAACGUUGCGUAUAAAUCAGAGGAGGAUACGCUGAGGCCGUUGUACAUCAAUGGAUGCGAGUUUGGUUGCGAUUACGAAACGUUUAAACGGAGUUUAUCGGAUGUUACUGUCAGUAUUCAGCAAUGGAAGGUUGAAUGUAAAGAUGUUGAUUAG